GUUUUCUGGUGGGUGUGUUCUUUCGCGGUGUUCAGUGCGACGUUUCAGUAAAGUUCUAAGAUGGCGACGGUGCAUCUGAGAAUCGGGGACCUAGUUUGGGGAAAGCUCGGGCGCUAUCCUCCGUGGCCAGGCAAGGUCGUCAGUCCUCCAAAGGACCUGAAAAAGCCAAGAGGGAAAAAAUGCCAUUUUGUCAAAUUCUUUGGAACUGAAGACCAUGCCUGGAUAAAGGUGGAGCAGCUGAAGCCAUACCACCCCCACAAAGAGGAGAUGAUCAAGAUCAACAAGGGCAAGCGUUUCCAACAAGCUGUGGAUGCAGUGGAAGACUUCCUGAAGAAGAAAGAGAAACAGGGGGGGAAAGAACAGAGCUCUGAGGGGAAAGGAGACUCUAAAGGAAAGAAGACACCAACUAAACCUUUGAAGAUCCUAGAGGAAGAUGAUGAAGACCUCAGUGCCCUGAAAGACCCCUCUGAGAAGGACCUAACUGACUCUGACCCAGAGCCGUCCAGUGUUGAGCGACUAGGGGGCCUGGGAACUACUGGACCUGUCUCAGGAUUCAAAUGGGAGAGCAGUCCAGUACGGGAUGAUCCCCAUUUCCACCACUUUCUGCUCAGCCAGACUGAGAAGCCUGCCUCGUCUAUGGAGCCGAUCAGUAAACGCCUGAAGAUCGUUGAGGAGGACACGAGGUCAACGUCUAUCCAAGCUGCAGACAGCACUGCCAUCAAUGGCAGUAUUACUCCCACAGACAAACGGAUAGGGUUCCUGGGGCUGGGGCUUAUGGGUAGCGGAAUCGUGUCCAACCUGUUAAAGAUGGGCCACGUCGUCACGGUGUGGAAUCGCACAGUAGAAAAGGUACCACAAGACAACCAACAUUGUGACCUGUUCAUCCAGGAGGGGGCCAGGUUAGGGCGGACCCCAGCGGAGGUGGUCUCCAUGUGUGACAUCACCUUCUCCUGCGUCUCAGACCCCAAGGCUGCCAGGGAUUUGGUGCUGGGUCCCAGUGGAGUGCUCCAGGGCAUCAGGCCAGGGAAAUGUUACGUAGAGAUGUCUACCGUGGAUCCAGAGACCAUCACAGAGCUCUCGCAGGUGAUAUCGUCGCGGGGCGGCCGCUUCCUGGAGGCUCCUGUGGCUGGGAGCCAGCAGGUAUCUAACGAGGGCAUGCUGGUCAUCCUAGCGGCCGGAGACAGGACGGUCUAUGAAGACUGCAGCUCCUGUUUCCAGGCCAUGGGCAAGACCUCAUUCUUCCUAGGUGAGGUGGGUAACGCAGCGAGGAUGAUGCUGAUCCUCAACAUGGUACAGGGAAGCUUCAUGGCAACCAUCGCCGAGGGGCUGACCCUAGCCCAGGCCACAGGCCAAUCACAGCAUACCUUCCUGGACAUCCUGUCUCAGGGUCAGAUGGCCAGCACCUUCGUGGACCAAAAAUGCCAGAAUAUCCUACAGGGCAACUUCAAACCAGACUACUAUUUGAAACACAUUCAGAAGGAUCUGAGGCUAGCCAUCUCCAUGGGCGACACAGCCAAUCACCCGACUCCUAUGGCUGCAGCAGCCAAUGAGGUCUACAAGAGGGCUAAAGCGCUGGACCAGUCAGACAACGACAUGUCAGCUGUCUACAGAGCCUACAUUCACUAAACCUCCUGAAGAGCCUCUCCCCCUGACCUGUCCUCUUCUCCUGACCUGUCCUCCUCCCCUCGACCUGUCCUCCUCCCCUGACCUGUCCUCUCCUCUGGACCUGUCCUCUCCUCUGGACCUGUCCUCUCCCUCCCCCCUACCCCUCCCCCUGUCCUGUCCUCUCCCCCCGACCUGUCCUCUCCCCCCUCCUCUCCCUCCCCCCUACCCCUGUCCUCUCCCCCUGACCUGUCCUCUCCCCCUGACCUGACGUCUCCCCCUGUCCUCUCCCCCUCCUCUCCCUCCCCCUGUCCUCUCCCCCUCCCCUCCUCUGGACCUGUCCUCUCCCCCUGACCUGUCCUCUCCCCCUGUCCUCUCCCCCUCCUCUCCUCUGGACCUGUCCUCUCCCCCUGUCCUCUCCCCCUGUCCUCUCCCCCUCCUCUCCUCUGGACCUGUCCUCUCCCCCUGUCCUCUCCCCCUGUCCUCUCCCCCUCCUCUCCUCUGGACCUGUCCUCUCCCCCUGUCCUCUCCCCCUGUCCUCUCCCCCUGUCCUCUCCCCCUCCUCUCCUCUGGACCUGUCCUCUCCCCCUGUCCUCUCCCCCUGUCCUCUCCCCCUCCUCUCCUCUGGACCUGUCCUCUCCCCCUCCUCUCCUCUGGACCUGUCCUCUCCCCCUGUCCUCUCCCCCUCCCCUCCUCUGGACCUGUCCUCUCCCCCUGACCUGUCCUCUCCCCCUGUCCUCUCCCUCUCCUCUGGACCUGUCCUCUCCCCCUGUCCUCUCCCCCUCCUCUCCUCUGGACCUGUCCUCUCCCCCUGUCCUCUCCCCCUGUCCUCUCCCCCUCCUCUCCUCUGGACCUGUCCUCUCCCCCUGUCCUCUCCCCCUCCUCUCCUCUGGACCUGUCCUCUCCCCCUGUCCUCUCCCCCUGUCCUCUCCCCCUCCUCUCCUCUGGACCUGUCCUCUCCCCCUCCUCUCCUCUGGACCACACUUAUCUUUUUAUACAUUUGUAUUCCUGUUUGAUUCAUUAUUUUUGCCUGGUGGCACCAGAGAUAUUGGUGUACUUCCCAAAUGCCAUCCUAUUCCCUACAUAGUACACUACUUUUGACCAGGGGCCACGAUUUCCUCGUGAAUGAAGCUGAAUACCCAACUCUGCCGAAUCAGGGCACAUAAGGGCUCAGGUCAGAAGUAGUGCACUACACGGGGAAUAGUAUGUCAUCUGGGAGGCAGCUAUUCCUUCCCGGUAACGUGAUGGGAACCUCUAACUAGUCCACCUGGAACAUUGCACUGACUGAUGGUUGUAAUAAUGCUAGCAGAAUGGUCCACAGAAGGUAGCUCCCCCCCCCCCCCCCCCCACAUCUUUGCGUUAUGUUGUCGAUGGUGUUGGUCAAGUUUCUGAUGGUGAAGUACUGCAGGGUGUUGGGAACAGAUUUUGGGAUGCGUCUCCAUUGCUGUUCACUAGUGAUUUGCAACGCGACACAUUGCCUGUUUGCUGUCGGGUGGGUUUUGAAGCUGAACGGGGCCAUGGAUUAAUUUAUCACAUCUCUCUUUACAUUUAAUUUAAUUCUAUGUGUGAAAAUGUCGUCUUUUAAUUAGAAUGUCCAGAAUUUCAUCAAAACGUAUAAAGUUGUUAUGAUCUUUUAAAAGGAGGGUAGAGGCUUGAUAAGCACCCAGAGGAAUAAUGCCACUGCAUUGCCUUAACAUUGGAUCCAUCUGAAAUCUUCUGACAUGUAUUUAUUUAUUUUUAGACGCUCUAGAGCUCCUCUCUUCUACUUCUCUUUUGGUGCAGUUUGGCCUGGAGUUGUUUCCGUAGUUGUCUGAAUCGGAACAGUGUUUUUGUUUUUGUUGUGUUCUAGCCUGUUAGAGAACCUGCCCCCCUUUUAAGGUUAUAUUAAUUAAGGUUAUUCUGAUGCCUUGUAAUACAGUAAUGACUUAAUCCUUCUUAAUCUAACUGAGAUUCAUCCCAAAUGGCACCCUACUCCCUUUAUAGUGAACUACUUUAGACCAGAACUCUGAUCAAAAGUAGUGCUCUAGAUAGGGAAUAGGAUUCCAUUUGGGAUGAAUCCCAGGACAUUAUGGUGUUUAAACCCAUGCAGUGGUCUUAACAUUAUUAACAACAGGCAAGUAUUGUACAUGUAUGUUUAGGAACCACGUUGCUUAGCGACCUUUUUGUAUUUUAACAUGACUAUAGAUCGCUUGGCUUGAUGACUUUGGGUGAUUGCUCCACAACAGUUCCCCUUUGCAGUGGGGGGGGGUAGAUUUAGCCUGGUUCCCCAGUCUGUUUGUGCCGUCAUACCAACUCCUUGUCGCUCACUGUCGUAUCAAACAUGUUGGGCUUGACAAGUACAGCAAGGAAAGUUGGCCAAGACCACAAACAGAUCUGGGGUCAGACUGAGGAGGAAAGAUGUAUUUAUUACCAGAUCAAUCACCAUAUAGGAAACCGUCUAACUACAGAAUGUUAAUUUCAGUUCAAUCAUAACCACUCCCUGAGAUUCAAGGCCCAAACUCUAUAACCUUUUACGUUCUCCUUAAAAGGAAUACCAGACAGGGCUGUGAGAAGACAGGUGAUUGUUACCUGAAUGGCAGUGGGGGGAAUUUAGGCCAACUUUUCUGUUUUAGUUCAUAUUGAUUUGAAAAAAUGUGAAAUUAUUCAACUCAUUGUAAACACAAUUGAACAUGUGUAACAUUAGAUUUUGGUUAAAUAUCAUUUUCACUUCGCAACGUCUUGAUCAUCCCAUUUUGUAGAAGUCGAGUUUUCCUUUUUGCCAAACAAGAUGUAAAUUAAGUUUUAGGUUUUAAUUUGUUUAAAACACGGAAAUAGUUUAUAAAGAUUUAAGAAUUAUGUUUUUAGUAGGAAACAUUCUAACAAAUGACUUGUAAAUAGCCCAUCUUGGUUGAGUGGAGGCUUUAUAAAUAAAGGGUCAUAUAAACUACUUCUGGUUAGACUCCUCUACUGACUGUCAAUCAUCUGCUGUGUCCCAAAUGGCAUCAUAUUCCCUAUAUAGUGACCCUGGAAUAAAGUAGUGCACUACCCUAUAGGCCGCGGUCUAAUGUAGUACACUACCUUAUGGACCCUGGUCUAAAGUAGUGCACUACACUAUGGUCUGCGGUCUAAUGUAGUACACUACCUUAUGGACCCUGGUCUAAAGUAGUGUACUACACUAUGGUCCCGCGGUCUAAUGUAGUGUACUACACUAUGGUCCCGCGGUCUAAUGUAGUACUCUACCUUAUGGACCCUGGUCUAAAGUAGUGCACUACCCUAUGGUCCGUGGUCUAAUGUAGUACACUACCUUAUGGACCCUGGUGCACUACCCUAUGUACCCUGGUCUAAAGUAGUGCACUACAUAGGGAAUAGGGUACCAUAUGAAACACUGUCUUAUUAAUACUGUAGAUUGUUCUGUUCAGUGUUUGCUGUUUUAAAUUAAUCUCUUGUAAACAUUGUCUUUGUGUGGCUUAUACAGGUGAUGUUGAAAUGACUGUUGGGCCCCUUUUUUUGUGCAGGGACGGUGAAACUGUAUGGAUUUGGGAUAUUUAUGUGAAACAAGGCUUUUUGUGCAGUUUAUUAAAUCCUCUCCUGAUUUAAA